AUGAUGCGCAGGAACAGGAGGACGAGCUUUCUCGGGAGCGCAAAGCGGCUGAGGACCGUCUCAAGGCGCUCGAGGAGCAGGAAGAAGGCCGCGCUGGCAGAGGCCAAGGAGAAGGAAUCUAAGCUCGCCGCCCGUCGGGCAGAGAUCGAAGCGGCCCGCCAGCGGGAGCUGGAGCUGCAGCGCCAGCUCGAGGCGAUGAACGAUGACGACGACUCGUCCUCUGAUGAUGACGAUGGCCCCGAGCACCUCACGCCGCAGGCUUCCACGCCGACACAGGCUGGCAGCCAGAUCGGCAGCCAGGAGCUCGAGCGGAGGGCCUCACCGCCUCCUGCCGCGCCUGUGAUCUCGCCGCCAGCCAUCACCACCACCAGCCCUCCGGCUGAUGCUGAGAGCAAGAACCCUUACUUCCGUAUGGCUGCGGCACCCUCAGCACCCGCGGCGCCCGCAGCCCCUGCACCUCCUGCACCCCCUGCUCCCGUUGGCGAUGCGUCUACCAACCCGUUCCACCGCAUGACGCAGGAGGCCAAGGCUGAGCGACCGCCUGCGGCGGCCCCCACAGGGACCAUUCUCGCGCAAGCGUCAAGAAGAGGACGACUGGGGGGUCCGGAUAAGGACGACGAGGGACGACUCGGAUGA